AGGUACUGCCGAUUAUCAAAUAAUGCAAUUAAUCUACUUUUCAGUAGUAAUAUAAACGCAAUAUUAUUUGAAAUAUAUAUUUUCAUUUUCAUAAUAUUAUAAUAAUGCAUUGUGUUAUUCCGGAAUAAUAAUAAAUUAUGAGUAAUUUAAGAAAAUUAGUUCUUCAGAGCUUUAAAAAAUUGCAUCGCACUAGAAUCAAAGUUUUUGAAGGAGAUGAAAAGGCCUUAACUGCUGCAAGAAUUAAAAUCAAUGAUGAAUAUCGCAAAAACAAACAUGUUAAAGAUGAAGUUGCAAUCAAAGCUAUGGUAAAAUUUGGUGAGGAUGUGGAGCGGGAACUGAAAACUCAAGUUAUUCAAGCCCGAGAAAUCAAACCUGGUGUCUAUGAGGCAAGGAUAACUGAAGAAACACUGAAGCUAGAUAAUAUACCUUAUAAUGAGAAUGCUGUAAUAGAAGAUGAGACAACAGGACCAAGACCAUGCUGUCAAGAUAAAGCACAAACAAAUGAACUAUCUAAAUAAAACAUACAUUAAUUGUAGUCAUAUAUAGUAAUUAUACUUUUUGCUUUUUAUUAAAAUUGGACAUUUGUUUCUUUGAUCAA